AAAAAAAAAGAAAUGAAGAACCAAUCUGUGGAGAUAGUGUUCAUUUUGUUGGGACUGACAGAUGACCCGCCACUACAAAUUCUGAUUUUCCUGUUUCUGUUUAUCAAUUACAUCUUGAGUCUGAUGGGGAACUUAGUGAUCAUCCUCCUCACCCUGCUGGAUCCUCACCUCAAGACUCCAAUGUACUUCUUCCUCCGGAAUUUCUCCUUCCUAGAAAUGGCAUUCACGUCUGCCUGUAUUCCUCGGUUCUUAGUGAGCAUUCUCACUGGUGACAAAACAAUUUCCUACAAUGCUUGUGCAGCUCAAUUAUUCUUCUUCUUUCUGUUACUAAUCACAGAGUUCUACCUCCUGGCAGCCAUGUCCUAUGACCGCUAUGUUGCCAUCUGCAGACCACUGCAUUACCCCAUCAUCAUGAACAGCAAAGUGUGUCACCUGCUGGUCAUCAGCUCCUGGGUGACUGGGUUCUUAGUCAUUUUUCCCCCUUUGAUGUUGGGACUCAAACUGGAUUUCUGUGCUUCCAAAACCAUAGACCACUUCCUAUGUGACACUUCCCCUGUCCUCCAGCUGUCCUGCACAGACACACGCUUAAUAGAGUGGAUGGCUUUUGCCUUAGCUGUGAUGACACUAGUCAUCACCUUGAUCUUAGUGAUCCUCUCCUACACACUCAUCAUCAAAACCAUCCUAAAGUUCCCUACAGCUCAGCAACGGAGAAAGGCCUUUUCCACCUGCUCCUCACACAUGGUGGUUGUCUCCAUCACUUAUGGCAGCUGUAUCUUCAUGUACAUGAAAACAUCAGCCAAGGAGAGGGUGACUUUAAACAAAGGUGUGGCUGUGCUCAACACUUCUGUGGCCCCUUUGCUAAACCCAUUCAUUUACACCCUAAGGAACCAGCAGGUGAAGGAUGCGUUCAAACAGGUCCUUCAAAGAUUGUGCUCUUUUCAAAACAAUGAGUUAAUUUUUAAGCAUAAAUAG